GGGAAGAACAAGCGCGCAACUCUAACGCUAUGGAGGAAGAACGCGAAGAAAAACGAGGCCAGAUUCAACGAGCACGUCGCCGCGACGGCUAGCGAAAAGGCCGCGGUUGCGGACGCACUCCAGGCCCUCGACGAGCUCGAGGCCCAUUACAACUCCAAGGACGAGGAACUCCGGAACGAAGCCCCCCUUUCGCGAACGAAGAAUGACGCGUCGCUACCCCGCCCCACAUUCCAAGUGGCUACCAGCAGCAGAGCCGAAAUACUCUUCGUAGUCAAGAUGUCUUCGAAAAAGUCGGAUUGUAAGGAGAAGCUGGCGGAUUUUUGUCGGGAGGAAGGGUUUUUGGAAGAAGUCACCAGUGACGAAACACCUGGUCGACCCUCGAGUUCCAAUGAAUUCAGACUACGACCGAGCGAGGAGAUCGAAAAACUAAACAAGUUUACCGACGCGCGGAAGCGAGUGGUAAGAGCCCAGUACAGACUCAAGACACUCGACCCAACUUCCGGGGAGUUGACCGGUACCGCUAAGGAUGAAAUAAAGCGCCACACACAGAUACUUCAGGAGGCUACGGAGAAGAGAAAAGCGAAAGCAAAUCUAAAAAAGAGGAACAAGAACCCGAAACCCAAGAAGAAGCCGGCGGUGGUGCUUAAAGGUUACCCCGAAGCCGCGCCUGGCGCUACAUCGGAGGACGACGCCGAGAAAGCCAGAAAGGAGAACAUCAGAAGAGUAAUGCGCUUUUUGCUAAAAGAAGAAGACGGCGGAUGGGAGAGGAGAUUCUGGGACUCCAAAAGAACGUCGGAAGAAAUGAAGGUUCUCCGAGAUUUUUGCAUGGAGCUCGAGACAAAGGAGUCGGGGCGCCGCAGUGAGCAUUUGAACAAAGUGAGAAAGACGACGGAUUUCAGCGCGGACAUUCGAAAGAU